ACUGGGUUUGUGCGCUUCAUACACUUCCAAGCCUUCAGAGCUUACAAGGAGUACCAGAGCUCAGAAGCAUCGGUAUUCAGUACAUAGUGCACUUGUUGCAGAAGUGUACAAGACAACACAUAAUGAGCUAUUACGGCAGCAGCUCUUCUGGUGGACGAAGCAGUAGGAGAGUUGACUACGGGAGGACAUAUGUGGUGAGGCCAAAGGGACGGCACCUAGCCACCAUUGUGUGGCUCCAUGGCCUAGGUGACAAUGGUGCAAGCUGGUCCCAGCUCCUGGAUUCUCUUCCUCUGCCAAAUAUCAAGUGGAUAUGUCCCACCGCAGCAACCCGGCCUGUCGUGGCUUUUGGUGGAUUCCCCUGCACUGCAUGGUUUGACGUUGAGGACACAUCGGUAGAUGGCCGCGAUGACAUUGAGGGACUGGAUGCUUCAGCUGCACACAUUGCAAACCUGUUAUCGUCUGAGCCGUCUGAUGUGAAGCUUGGGAUCGGCGGUUUCAGCAUGGGUGCCGCCGCCGCCCUCCACUCCGCAGCAUGCUUUGCUCAUGGCAAAUUCACAAGCGGUAUUCUCUACCCAAUCACACUCAGUGCAGUCAUCAGUUUAAGUGGCUGGCUCCCUUGCUCAAGGAGCCUGAGGGGCAAGAUGGAGAGCUCACACAUUGCUGCAAGAAAAGCUGCCUCCUUGCCCAUCCUGCUUAGUCAUGGAAGAGCGGAUGAGGUUGUGACCUACAGGAAUGGCGAGAGAUCAGCUGAGAUCCUGAGGUCCUCAGGAUUCUCAUAUCUGAAUUUCAAACCAUACAAUGGGUUGGGCCACUAUACCAUCCCUGAAGAAAUGGACGAUGUCUGCAAGUGGCUCAGCUCAAGGCUUGGUCUCGACCGACCUCGCUAAAAGAAGAGUAUCCGUGUAUGUGCAAUGGCUUCGGUAAUAGCAUAUAAAAGAGUGUAUAACUAAAUAGAGGAAAGGUUGAUACUUCGUGCUUUCUUGCUCUUCAGUGCUCUCUGCCUUUUGUUGUCAUUGGCCUAGUUUACUGGUAUUGUGCCGUGGUACUGGCAAGGAGUGACUAUAUGUAAUGUAGUGCUUGUCUCAUCAGGUCAAUAAUAAUGCCGUUGAGGCUUCUGAUACACGAAACUACCACAUUGAUAUUACUUGUGCUCUCAUCAUGCAGAACUUUUAGUUUAACGCAUCAUCAAAAGAUUCCUAAACACAUAAAGAGAUUCAGAAACAGAAAACCUUGACAAGACUCCACGCA